AUGGAAAUAGAAGAACCGAUGAGGAGUGAUGAACAUGUGAUCUACGGGGAUGAAAUAUUGAAACUUACGAACUUCAAUCAUGAGCUUCAAAUACUGGGAUUGAAGAAACGACGUCGUUUGGCUGCUGAAAGAUGCCAUCCUGCUUGCUUCCGAGAAAAAGCCCUAAAUCAGGUAGGUAUCUCUCUGUUUGCAGUUCAUUUGCGUAAUACACAUAUUUCAAAGGUAGGGACCAAACUACCUUUCUGA